GUAAUGAUGGCUAUCAGAUGUCCAUCUCUGGAAUCUGUGAGCCCAAGUGCGAUAAGUGUGGCAAUCACACGUAUUGCAAAGAGCCUGAAAAAUGUCUUUGCCUCGAUGGCUACCAUCGACCAACGGUGAUCACUGUCUACCCACUUGCAAAAAUGAGUGUGCACCUUAUGCCGAAUGCACUAGCCCAAACAACUGCGAUUGCCAUCCUGGAUACAAGAAGAACGCAACUGGUGACUGUUUACCCAUAUGUGCACCAGAGUGUGAGGAGUUCAGCUAUUGCAUCAGUCCUGGGACGUGCGCCUGCAAAGAUGGUUAUCAGGGCGAGGGCAAUUAUUGUACGCCAAUCUGCAGCAACGAGUGUGAAGACAACAGCUACUGUGCCCAGCCAGAGAAAUGCGAGUGUUUCCCCGGCUAUAAUGCCGAUGAUCAGGAUAAUCGCAACUGUUCCAGCCCGACGGCCAUGUGGAUACUCAUAUUCCUUGGCGUGGUUACAGUUAUUGCUCUCAUUUCGCUUAUUUCAUUCAUUGUCUAUGUUUUCACCAGAUAUUGUAAGAAACCCAGCUAUUCUAAUGAAAAAGAUAUCGAUGUCUCAGAUAUGAGAAAUUAUGUGAAGGAAGUUAUUGCGGUAGAUGCCAUGACUUUUAUAUCGGACUACGAUACAGCAUUUUGCAUGAUGGCGCGGAGAAAUCGUGAAUUUCUCUUCCUAUUUCUGAUCCAGCUCUACGUGAGUAUCAACAAGUGCGAGGAGGAUAUUUCGUGGUGUUUACCCGAUACGGUUAUCGAAAACAUUACGAAAUCUGUGACUGUGGAUCACGUUCAAAUAUUAGUAGAUGGAAAAACAAAUAGGAUUCAAGUGAAGGAAAAAAACCAAGUUCAAGAGGCUAUCCCAAGGUAUAAUUCCACUACCUGUAGACCAAAGUGCUCUCCAACUUGUGUUGAGCAUUCCACUUGUAAACGAAUACCUCAUGUCAGACGACCCCAAUGCAUAUGUGACGAGGGCUACUCAGGUAAUGGUUGUUUGCCACAAUGUGAAAAAACAACUUGUGGUAAAAAUACUGUGUGCAACAGUCCAGGAAAUUGUGACUGCCUCUCGGGAUACGUGAGAUCGACAGACAAUACGACAAACUGCGUUCCUGUAUGUGAUAAGCCGUGUGGAAAAUUUCAAAGCUGUGUCGCACCGAACGUCUGUAAUUGCACUAUAGGAUAUGAGCAAGAUCCACUGGGCCACUGUCAUCCAAUCUGUAGCAAGAGCUGUAAUAUUACUAAUUUUGAAGUGUGCGUAAAACCUAACGAUUGCCAAUGUGUCGAGGGUUAUGCUAGGGUAGAAAACAAGUGCCAGCCUCAAUGUCCUCAAAAAUGUGGGCUUCAUCAAAAAUGUGUAAAACCAGAAGUCUGCCUAUGCGAAACUAACUACAAAUUCGACUAUCUUGGAGUCUGUCAGCCAAUUUGUUUAGAGAAAUGUGGCAAGAACGAAGAGUGUAUAAAACCUGGAAAUUGCACUUGCAAAGUUGGCUAUUGGAAAAAUAAUAAAACGGAAACGUGUGAGCCUUAUUGCUCGAAAGGCUGCCCAAAUUACAGUACCUGUGGCGAACCCGAAAAGUGUAAGUGUAAUGAUGGCUAUCAGAUGUCCAUCUCUGGAAUCUGUGAGCCCAAGUGCGAUAAGUGUGGCAAUCACACGUAUUGCAAAGAGCCUGAAAAAUGUCUUUGCCUCGAUGGCUACCAUCGACCAACGCCAAGCAGUGAUCCCUGUCUACCCACUUGCAAAAAUGAGUGUGGACCUUAUGCCGAAUGCACCAGCCCAAACAACUGCGAUUGCCAUCCUGGAUACAAGAAGAACGCAACUGGUGACUGUUUACCCAUAUGUGCACCAGAGUGUGAGGAGUUCAGCUAUUGCAUCAGUCCUGGGACGUGCGCCUGCAAAGAUGGUUAUCAGGGCGAGGGCAAUUAUUGUACGCCAAUCUGCAGCAACGAGUGUGAAGAAAACAGCUACUGUGCCCAGCCAGAGAAAUGCGAGUGUUUCCCCGGCUAUAAUGCCGAUGAUCAGGAUAAUCGCAACUGUUCCAGCCCGACGGCCAUGUGGAUACUCAUAUUCCUUGGCGUGGUUACAGUUAUUGCUCUCAUUUCGCUUAUUUCAUUCAUUGUCUAUGUUUUCAUCAGAUGUUGUAAGAAACCCAGCUAUUCUAAUGAAAAAGAUAUCAUUGUCUCAGAUAUGCGAAAUGUGGAUUUGGGUCAAGUCGACACCAGCCCCGAAGGCAUUGACAACAGCUCCUAUAUUUAAACUUGCAUAGCAUAUGUAUGUAAAAUUCAGUACAUACUACAGUUCUCAUCGACACAAUUUUUAUUAUAGCAAAACUAUAUGUAUUGCGCUAUACUUACUCUUUAUUCACCGCAAUGAUUCACUAAAAAAUAUAUAAAAUAAAAACCUCAAACAAAUGUGGUGUAUUGCAAUUAGAAAUCAUAAAUUAUAUUUAUUCGUAAUUUAUUUUAU